UAAUCUCAUUUACAAAAGUCUUUGAAAAAUAUUGCAAAAAUGCGAAAUUCAUUACUAGUAUCUCUUUUUUUCCCCUUUGAGUAUGAAAAAUUAAGUUACGGUUUUAGUUAAGAGUGUCAUUUUGUUCUGUUUGGAUUUGUAUUUGUUUACAUCUUCAGCACGGGGGCACAGGGAGAUCUGGUUGUAAAUUCUAAUUUUAGUUGCUGAUAUCCGUUUGAACAGUUCCUCUAUUAUUUCUUCAGGAUGACUAUUUAUAACCUGUAUAUAUUCAACUCUGCUGGAUCAUGUAUUUACUAUGCAGAAUGGAAUAGAAGGAACCAGGCAGGGAUGUCCAGAGAUGAAGAAAUGAAACUUAUGUAUGGAUUGAUAUUUUCUUUGAAGUCCUUUGUUUUGAAGCUUUCACCAGUUGAUUGCAAAGAAGGCUUUUUAAAUUACCGAACAAGCAAAUACAAGCUCAAUUUUUAUGAAGCAGGAUCUGGAUUAAAAUUUAUAAUGAAUACUGAUGUGAAUGCUGCAAAUGUGAGGGAGCUUUUGCAAAAAAUAUACAAAGAGAUAUAUGUGGAGUAUGUUGUAAAAAAUCCAGAAUGUACCUUAGGCAAAGAAAUAGAUAGUGAAGUUUUUCAAAUGAAGUUAGAUAAAUUCAUUCGAAGUGCACCAAUAUUUGGCUCACGUGUUAUGUAAAUGAACUCCUUUUGAAUAUGUAUUGAAAACUUGUAAAAAGUGUGUUCGAUGUAUAUUUUGUUGACGUUAUAUAUGUUUAUUAAAAUAUUUUUAUGCAUUCCAAUUAAUUUAAGUAUUUUUACUCUCCCCCGAUAAAAUCAAUCAAUUUUCAAGGAAUCUAAUGUUAAAUCAUGAUGCCAAUGAAUCAGUUAUUUUUUGUUUUACUGACUCACAUUUUGAAAGCAUAAAAGGCAUCUCAUUUUGCCACUUAAUUCUUAAUUUCUUCUUUUAGAGAAGUAACUGAAAUUUAUUAUACUUAUAAGAAAAUGCUUGUAUGUGUGAAAAACAGGCAGGAUAUCU